AUGGCAUCAGAUCCGAAAUCUCACAUAUUUGAGGAGGUCGCCAAGCAUAAUAAGACUAAGGACUAUUGGCUGAUUAUCAGCGGCAAGGUUUAUGAUGUUACCCCUUUCAUGGAAGAUCAUCCUGGAGGUGAUGAGGUUCUACUAUCAGCCACUGGAAAAGAUGCAACCAAUGACUUUGAAGAUGUUGGGCACAGCGAUUCUGCUCGGGAGAUGAUGGAUAAGUACUACAUUGGGGAGAUAUACACGGCAGCAGUGCCCCUAAAACGAAGCUACGUUGCUCCACAACCACCAUCAUACAAUCCAGACAAGACUCCAGAGUUUGUGAUUAAGAUCUUGCAGUUUCUCGUGCCUCUCCUGAUAUUGGGAUUGGCAUUUGCUGUCCGACUCUACACCAAAGAGAAGUGA